UGGUUACUAUCUCAAAAUUUAUUCAAAUCACAAAAGACGAAGUAUGAUAAGAAGAAUACUAGUGAACUCGACACCCAAAUUACUUAACAAGGCUUUCCAAAACAUGCGGAAGAGAAGAACUUUAAGCGGUGAUGGAAGGAUAAAAUCAACUUACGGCAAACCUUGACAUGGACGAUCUUUCUGUGUCGAAGGACGGAUUUCCUGUUUCGGAUAACGAGUCAUUUACUACAUGCCAUCCAGGUAAUUUCGGAAAGAACUGGCAAGCCAACAAAAUUUGGUAUGGUGUCUCUAUUGAUAAAAAUCUAUCGGACAAUGUAUUCGGAUUAAUAAAGAAAUUGGAAAAAUCAUUCUUUGCAAGUGGAAUAUUAGGGAAGGAAGACAACCUUCGAAAAGCCAAAUUCUGCACCCGUGGUGAAGAAAUUCUACCAGCUAUCCAACACCAGUAUCAACAUUUGGACUUUAGUUUGAAAUCAUACUAUGUUGUUGCACAUAUAUCUUCAAAGCAUAUUCAACUCAGUUUGCAUCAAGUGGUCAAACUGGCAUCACCCGGAGAAGAUCCCGCGUCUAUCAUUAUUCAGGAUGAAAUGAUACAAGUCGAUGAUGUAUAUGAUACACUUUGUAAGAGUAUUAUGAAGAGCCUACAAGUCAAAUGUCAAGUUGACUAUUGCACCACCCACAAGAGUCAGAAAGAUACACAAUAUGAUUUCCAGUCAUUUGAGAUAUAUAGCAAUAUUUAUCGAAAUUUAAGACCAUGCGUUGUUGAACUUUUCGAAAAAAACAAAUCAAAUUUGGACAUGGAUUCCAAAAUACAGCUGGAUAUCAACACGAAAUGUGGUUGCAGUAUAAGCAUAUUUCUUCGUGAUAUUAUUGAAGUAAGCCUUAUGUCAGUGAUAGAAAGUAUGGCAACAGAUAUAGUGGCUUCUUUGACCAACAAGAGACUAUUUGGAGACAAUAUACCGAAUUACAUUUUCGUAUUUGGAGAUCCGUUCAAUCUGGGGCAGGGUUCGAAGAUCCACAUCGCAUACACCAUGAUUAUGCAAAAAGCGAUUGAUGACGGUGUAUAUAUGAAAGAAAAAGAUACAAAGAUAUUUGCACUAAGAGAAUCUAUUUUCCAAUUACUGGAGACGUUUUUAUCUGGAAAAAAGCCUUAUAUGUUUGAAAGGUUUGUCACCGGAACUUUGUGCCAAGUAUCAAGCAAAACAUACGGGAUGCGGAUUUCAAAUAUACGGAGUUCGAUCUCUUUCACCCGAAUAAACAGUGAUGGUGAUAGCAAAAAUACUAUUUCAGAUGAUGGUAGUUAUUUAGUAUUUAUUCAGAAAGGGAAGCCAGCUCCAACAAAAGGGUUUAUAAUUCAAAUCAAUAUAAAAAAAGAUAUCAGAUUAGAAAUUCUUCAAUUGGAAAGUUCAACCAGUACUGUUCCGGACAAGUAUACUCUAUUGCACGGCGACACUCCUGGUGUUAUUUAUGAAAUAUACUCAAUUAGUUUGACUGAUAUUUCUAUUAAUACAUUUGUGGUAGAAUAUGAGCAGAUUAGCAAUAAUUUAUCUAUCAAAUUAUCAAGAGGAUGUAUGAGCAGAAUUAGUGACUAUAUUGAUAGACCUUAUUACGAAACCGAAAAUAUCCUGGAGCCAUUGACACUUGCUUAUAUUUAACAUAGCACUGAUACAAUAAAAUCAACCUAUUUUUAAACCACCGUUUUACUGUCGUGAGUCCAUUAUGUCAUCAAUCCGCUAAUCGGCGAUUGUAACUUAAUACACAUAACCAACCGCAGCAAUCGUAUUUACUACCUUACGAACCAAUACAAUUGUAGUUACUCCGGAUUGACAAUUGUAAAACAUAUAAAUAGCUUCAAUUAUCAAUCAAUAAACAUGAUCUUUAUUCUCCUCUAAGAAGUU